GGAAAAACAUCUUCAUCCACGAUUUUCCAUUUCUCAGUCUAACAGAACGCCAUGGCCAACAAUCUUUUCUUAACAAAUUCCACCGCCGCCACUACCUUCAUAGUCGUCCUUUUCUCCCUCCUCCUCGCCGGAAAAUCCCAAACUUUCUCAACCAGCUUGCCAAGAACAGCGCUGCGACUUGGGAAGCAAAAACUAACACACCUCCAUUUCUUCUUCCACGAUGUUGUCGGUGGUCCAAAUGCAACCGCCAUUAGGGUGGCUGCAGCCUCUAUCACCAACACUUCCACCACCGGAUUCGGGGCUGUGAUCAUGAUGGACAACCUCUUGACGGUGGGGCCAGAACCAAACUCUACCAGGGUGGGAAGAGCACAAGGGAUGUAUGCGUCUGCGGAUUUGAAUGACAUGAGCUUUAUGAUGGUUCAGAACUAUGUAUUUGAUGAAGAAAGGUAUAAUGGAAGCACUUUGAGUAUAUUGGGUCGGAACCCUAUUAUGUCGCCGGUGAGAGAGCUUCCGGUGGUCGGUGGAAGUGGUGUUUUCCGAUUUGCUCGUGGGUAUACCGAAGCUCGGACUUAUUUUCUGAAUGCUACCAAUGGAGAUGCCGUUGUCGAGUACAAUGUUUAUGUCAUUCAUUAUUGAAUUCAUCUUUUCUUUCUCGCUUAUUUAUGUUUAUUUUUCUUGGUUUUAAUAAUUAGUUCAUGAAAAUUCAUUUGAUUUUUAAUUUGUUUAUUUAUGAGUACAUAUUUGUUUAUUUGUUUA